ACAUAAUAUAAAAAGGGGAUUUUUUAUUUAUGAAUUUAAUAUUUUUUUAAAAAAAUAUAUAAUUUUUGAUUUUUUUCAUUACGGAAGCUUCUUCUAUAAAUCACCGUUUACGUCCUUUCUCUUUCGUUUGUUUUUUUUUUCUGGGAAAAUUUGGACAUUUUCAGAGGGGAAGAAAGUUUUGAGCUGUUUGUUUCUCGGGAAAAAAAGAGAGAGGUAGAAAUGAGAGGCGCAAAUGGAGAAUCUAGAGUUUUGAAUAAUACUUUGGAGACUAUACAUGCUGCUGCUAACGCGAUCGCUUCAGCUGAGAAUCGUGUUCCACACGCUACGGUUCAGAAGAGAAGAUGGAGUGGCUGGUGGAGUGUUUAUUGGUGUUUUGGAUCUAACAAACAAAAAAAGCGAAUUGGGCCUGCUGUUCUUGUUUCCGAAACAAGUGCUUCUGGUGGUAAUGUGCCUGCUGCUGAAAAUCCAAACCAAGCAUCCUCCUUUACACUUCCUUUUGUUGCACCACCCUCUUCUCCUGCAUCUUUCCUUCCAUCUGGACCCCCCUCUGCUACACAGUCUCCAGCUGGUUUAGUGUCUCUCACAUCUAUUUCUGCUAGUAUGUAUUCUCCAGGGCCUGCUUCCAUUUUUGCUAUUGGCCCUUAUGCUCACGAAACUCAGUUAGUUUCCCCACCUGUUUUCUCGGCUUUCCCCACUGAACCUUCAACUGCACCAUUUACACCUCCUCCCGAGUCAGUUCACUUGACUACACCAUCCUCGCCUGAGGUGCCAUUUGCCCAGUUCCUUGGCCCCAACCUCCAGUAUGGAGAGCAGCGAUUCCCAUUAUCCCACUAUGAAUUUCAGUCUUAUAAUCUUCAACCUGGGAGCCCUGUAGGCCAAUUGAUCUCCCCAAGCUCAGGAAUCUCCGGUUCUGGCACCUCAUCUCCUUUCCUCGAUGGUGAUUAUACUACUGGUCUACGCUUUCCUGAGUUCCAACUGGUUUACCCUUCCAAGCUCUUGAACCUUGAUAAGCUUUCCAACCGUGAAUGGGGAUCAUAUCAUGGUUCUGGUACUUUAACCCCAGACGGUACAACAUCCACACCUCGCAAUGGUUUUCUUCUGGAUCAUCAGAUUUCUGAAAUUGUGUCGCAUCCACGCGUGGCUAGAGAAAACCAAACUGAUCAGGUUGUGGUUAAUCAUAGAGUUUCAUUCGAGUUAACAAAUCAAAAAGCUGCUAGUUGUGUGGAAACUGAGACUGCAACACCAUCCGAAGCUGUGGCAGAAUCUCUAUGGAAUGAAGCAGCAAGAGAGAGAGAAGAAAACGCCACUAAGUUGUUGGAUACUUCUGUAUGUAGAGUUGGUGAAACAUACAACGGAAAGCCAGAGAAUGCUCCAGCAGAUAGGGAAGGCAAACCACAGCACCAUAAGAACCGAUCCAUCACUCUCGGGUCAGUUAAAGAAUUCAAUUUCGACAAUAUUAAUGGAGAGAUAGAAGAAAAUGCUACUAAGUCAGUGGAAACUUAUGAAGGUCGUGUUGGUGAAACAUGCAACGAAAGGCCAGAGCAAGCUCCAGCAGAUAGGGAAGGCAAACCACAGCACCAUAAGAACCGAUCCAUCACUCUUGGGUCACUUAAAGAAUUCAAUUUCGACAAUGUUAAUGCCGAGAUAGAAGAAAAUGCUACCAAGUCGGUGGAAACUCAUGAAUGUCGUGUUGGUGAAACAUACAAUGAAAGACCAGAGAAAGCUGAAGUAUCUCUACAGAACGAAGCAGCAAGAGAAACAGAAGAAAACUCUAAGUCGACGGAAACUUACGAAUAUCGUGUCGGUGAAACAUGCAAUGUAAGACCAGAGAAAGCUCCAGCAGAUAAGGAAGCCAAACCACAGCACCACAAGAACCGAUCCAUCACUCUCGGAUCAGCCAAAGAAUUCAAUUUUGACAACCUUGAUGGAGGUGAUGUCCAUAAUAAGCCCAUUGUUAGUUCCGAUUGGUGGGCCAACGAGAAAGUAGCCGGAAACGACGACGGCAUUCCCAAGAAUUGGUCCUUUUUCCCCAUGCUGCAACCUGGUGUAAGUUAAAAAACUGGGAAGCAUUUUCGUGGGGUGCCUUCUGAUUUUCCACAUCAUUUUAGGAACUUAGGUGUGGCUUGGGGAGGGGAUUCAAACAAUUUGGUAACAACAACAGAGUGCAUGCAAUUUUAUUCAAAUCAAGUUAUAGAUAAUUUUAGGGGUUUUUUCUUUUACUUAGAUUGCAUAUUGCAUGACUGGCUGAUCCAUGAAGGCUGUUGCUUGCGUCCUUCGUGACUAAAACAACAGGGUCUUAUAGGAAUAUUUCUAUGGUUACAAUAUUGUACUAUAUUUUUGCUAAUUUAGGCAGACAGAUAUGAAAAACAGUCUCUGAUUUUGUGCA